UUGUUAAACAGCGCCUCUUCGUGACCAUAAAGAGAAAUGCCCGAAUUAAAUUGGAAUUGUAGAGUUUUUAUUGACGCUGGUGAAAUGUGUGACUAGCGACGGAAAGCACACAAUGACCAAUGAUAAGUAUUUCGGCUUUAAAGCCACCUACAGGCUCCUCUAGUAAUCUAUUUCGCUGCUGAUAGCAAAACGCUGUGAAGCUAGCAGAGAGACAGUGGCUAGCUAGUUGACAGCAGAAGUAUGAACGAACUUAACUGCGUUUAAAAGAAAAAGGCCUUCUCGUUUUCUUAUUUAAAGUCCAUGCUACAUGCCCGAGCUGUCGCCGUGGGCUUCACUCUCUUAACUGUGGCCAAAACGAUGACCUCUGUGGCAGCGACGGCAUCCUCCGAGCCCCGGGGGCUGCAUGCAUCAGUCACCCCGGAUGCACGCACCGGGAGCCCGCAGCAGAGGCUCCAGAAGCUGCUGGCGGUGCCGGGACACCAGCCGAGCCGGAUGAACGACCUGCUGCUCCUCCGGCCUGAAACAGACAGUCCCACUGCAGAGGAGAAGAGCAACAACAAGCAUGUGGUGUUUUUUCACGGUGACAUUCAGAACUUUGAGGAGGACAUGGCUCUGCAGCCGGAGGGAUCUCAGUGGCUCCGCUGGAGUCUGGAGCAGGUCGCUCUCACGUUGGGCCGACGCUUCCCUGACCGCCAUGUUUGGAUGGUCAGAGCCUCCAACAUGUACCUCCACAAGUUCAGCUGCUACCACAACUUUGUGGAGAGCAACAUGUUCGGAGCACCGGAGCACUCGGCUUACUCCACUGACUUUGGAGCGUUUCUCCACCUCAGGGACCUGCUGAGCCACGGCAUGGAGCGAGCUGACCUCCCACACCCCCUGCAGCCACAAGGAGGCGCCGACAGCAUCCCCUCAGGCUUCUCCCUCAUCCUGGUGGGCUUCAGCAAAGGCUGCGUGGUCCUGAACCAGAUGGUGUACGAGCUGCCUGGGGCCAGAGCGGACCCCCAGUUGUCCCACUUUAUCAAACAGAUCACAGACAUGUUCUGGCUGGACGGGGGGCACCCGGGGGGCAGCGAGACCUGGGUGACUGACAAGCAGGUUCUGAAGGAACUGGCGUCCAGCGGCGUGUCGAUCCACGCCCAUGUGACACCGUACGAGGUGUGUGACCCGAUGAGGGCCUGGGUGGGCCGCGAGCACACACUCUUCAUUAAAACCCUGGAGGAGUUCGGGGCCUGUCCCAGUAAGAAGCUGCACUUUGAGGACGAGCCCCCCUCCAUCGAGAACCACUUCAGGGUCAUCCAGGAGUUCUGAGCUCUGCUUACAUAAAAACAACACGAUACUGAGCGAUUAGCUGAACUUGUGAGCGCUUUAGAUGAUGACAGAGUGUCUUAUUCGCUGCUCGUACCUCGUUUCUCUGGGAUUUAAGGGCUCAGAGUUUGACGGACGCUGGCUCGUUGUACGCACUACAUGCACUUGAUCCCAGCUUCAAAGAUUCCCUGUUAAUGUGCUGCAUCCUGAACCCCCCCCCAAACUUGACCUACCCCGCGGCUUAGAGUGCUCCUGUUGUUAGGACGCACCUUUUCAUUUGGGAACAGGUGUUGUCAUCAAACCCUCAAACGGGGACUUUUUCAAAUGUCAAAUGCACUCCAAAAUGCUUUGGUCAAAAUGUUGGCGACGUCGAGACCUCUCAGUACCGCUGGUUUAAAAACGAUGCUCUCCGUUAUUCUAGUGAAUGAUAGUGUCACAAUGUGCUAAAGCUUAAAAAAAACAAGAUAUAUUUCAUAGGAGAGGAAUGACCUCGUAAAAAAAAAAAACACAAGCUAACUUCUGCUCACUUUCUAUAUUGCAUGAAUCCAUUGACGACAUUGCUUACAUUUUUGUGCAAUUAAGACAAUAUGUAGAAGUUUGCUCACAAUUUUUGAUGAUUGAAAACAAGAGAUGACCCACAGUUUGGUGUCUAGGACUUGUAUUUCUGUUGCCAUGGUAUCAAGACAGGGAUUGAUACGGUUUGAUUUUUACUAGAAUCAUAUUAAAGUGAAUCAUUCUGGUAUCACGACAACCCCACUCCAAAGCAACAGACAAAAUUUCCCUUGCAAACUUGAGGUUAUUUUAAAAUGACACGGAGCUACCAUUGCGGUGAAAAACC